CAGCGAAGAAACUGCAAAAAGUAUCCCUUGCAUCACCCUAUUCAUUUUACUUCAGGAUUCGGCCCAUCUAAUAUUUAGGAUGUGAAGAAGCAGGCAAAAUCUUACCGGCUCGUGCUCUUCAUAGUCGGAAGUGGUGUGGUCCUUGCUGUAUUCUUUUGCUGGAAAUUUCAACAUUUCUUUGCUGCCUUCUUUGGAAUGGAUCAACUCCUUUGUUGAGGCUUUUCCACCUUCCUUACUGCCUUCUUUAGAAUGGAUCAAUUCCGUCGAUGAGACUUUUACAUCCUCCUUAGAGCCUCCUUUAUGAGCAAUGUCUUCUUCGCUCCCAAUAUCUUUAGAGUCAGGUUUAGUGUUGUCCUUAUCCUCCUUGCUGUCUAUCGAUUUGACUUGGGUCGAUUGCUGCGUUUUCGUUUUCAUCUCUUCGCUUGCUUUCGGACUACGAAUGAGCGAUAGCAGUUCAGUAGAGAUGAUUGUUUGCAGUGAGACGACAAUGAAAGCCACAUAAGAGCUUGACGCAAUUCUGGUUUUGAGAAGCUCACUGAAUUUGGCUGUGGCGAUCAGCGUGGUCACAACUGCGCAGACCCAAGCCAAUGCUCCGAUUACACCAUGAACUACAUUAAAUGUUGUCCUUUGGGGAUGACCAGGAUGACAUCUGAGCAUUGCGUCAAGAGGCUGGAUAAACGCAAGAAGGCAAGCAAUCAGGCCCAGCAGUGCAUGUAUCGAACCCCAGCGCCAAUUCUAAAAUGUUACAAACUUUACGACUGCAUAAUCAACAAUGAUAAACUAGGAAAUUUACACUUUUGGAUUUUGGUUUUUGUGGUUCAGUCAUGA